GACAGCAAAGUUUCCUCUGAGGCAAACACUGAGAGGUGGAGGGAGAGAAACAACCCCGUCUGGAUGAAGCUAUCCACUCCUGCAUACUGCCCCAGACCUGGCCCAUGGAGAUAUAAUGGCAUACAAUGAAACUAAUCCUUUUUUGGAAAUACUCAAGUCUUUUAACCUGGACCAGCUCGUGCUGGCCUUCUGCCUGUCCAUACUGGUGGGCCUGCUGCUGGGGGCGCUGGUCUACAUCCUGCUGACCUGGGCGUCCCGGCGGCGCCGUGCCUCCGCCAUCAUCACCCACCGCUCCAAGAGCCAGUCGGCCCGGGGCCCCUCCGGCGGCCAGCUGGGCCUGUACCGCAGCACCUUCCUCAGCGUGCACCGCCAGCCCUCCGUGGAGCCCGUGGGCCCCCUGGGGAGCAAGCCCGGCGCCGAGGCCUCCACCUUUCGCCCCGUGCCGAAGGGACGCGGGGCCCGCCCGGAGAAGGACGGACAAGACACCCAGUUCGCAAUGCCCCAGGACACCGCCUCGUCCUCGGACUCCUCCGCCUCCGACUCGGCCGCCCUGGUGUCCAACAAGAGGAACUCCUUCUGGCUGGGGGGCAACGGCCUCAAGGGCUUCCUGCCCUCCCAGAACCAGCCCCCGGCGUACGACAGCGUGAUCUUAGCCUUCCAGGAGACCCGCACUUGACUCGGGCGGGCGCUCGGGGGAGGAGGGAGAGAGAGGGAGACCGAUAAGGUCUACGAUGACACUGGGGUUGGAGUGCGAUGGGGCAGCUUGCCUUGUGAGGGAUGUGUGUGGUGGGGUCGCUAUGGAGACUGUACAGUCCACUGUCCUAUCAUAACAUGUCUAUAUAGGGAGGCGUUUCUGAUACAAUCAGCGAUAUGAUGGAUGGAUUGAUUGAUUGUAUUUCGCUGCCAUAGCUAAACUGCCUGUGGGAUGCAUGUUCUGAAGCCCAGAUUACGCUCCCUUGACCCCUUACACAGGGCCAGGAGGGAGGUGGAGGUUGUCUCUGUCGGUGGAUUAAACACUGUAAAGUUUAAAACAAAUAAAUAAAUUUUGUAAUUUUAAAAGAUAUACACACAUACAUAUAUUGCUUUUUGCUACUGUGUGCAAAAAAUAAAACCAAAUAAUGUGGAUUUAAAGAAUUUUA